AUGCUUAUUCAACCAAAAAUGUUAACCGAAUUUUAUGUUUUAGAAGUAGAAGAAAUUGAGGAUUCUGAUCAAUUAAUUCCCUUAGGGCAUAUUUCGAAAAGACACAAAUUGGCUGAUGUUUGGGUUGUUAAAAGUGAUCAAGUUGGGCAGUCAAAUGCUAAUUCUAUUUGUUGUAGAACACAUUUGGGACAUUUACUUAAUCCUGGAGAUUCUGUUAUGGUAAAAGAAGAAAAAGUGCCUGAUGUGGUUUUGGUUAGAAAAGUUUAUGACAGAACAAGAAGAGCACGUAAACGUCAAUGGAAAUUAAAAAGAAUUUUGGAUAAUGUUGAGACUGAAAGUGUUGAAAGGGAAUUUGCUGAAUUUAUGGAAGACGUAGAGGAGGAUGCCAAACUUCGAGAAAAAAUAAAUAUUUAUAAAAAAUCAAGAAAAGGAGGACAACCAUCAAUUUCAACAAUGGACGAUGGUGAAAAUGAUGAAAUUGAUGGGCCGACAUUGGAAGAAAUGUUGGAAGAUUUAGAUAUUGAUGGGGAUGGAAACAAUGAUAUUGAUAUGGAUAAUAAAUAA